AUGCAGUUGCUUUGGUUUAUCUUGCUCUGUCUUGCAUUGUCUCUUCCCAUGAGCGGCCAGCAUGUGCCAGAGUCAAUCGAUGAUUCUGUGAGGCUCCACUGUGGCCCACGCAGUUUUAGGCUCACUAUCAACCACAGCCACACAGCAGAGAGUCGGAUGCUAACAGCUUGGGACAAAUACGGGAUGGUGUACAGGCUGCAGAAUGACUCUGACUGUGGCAUCUGGGUGACGGAGGGCCCCAGUGGCUCCAUGGUGCUGGAAGCUGCCUACAGCGGCUGCCUCGUCAUUCCGUGGGGCUCCUCCUACACCCUGCUGGUGGAGGUGAAAGAGGCAGCUUUGGAUGGGCCCACACUGGCCAGAGAGAGGAAGGUGUUCCGGUGUCCCAGACCCAUGGGUGUGUCAGUCCAACAGGCUCUGGAGGCUCAUGUGUGCAAGUCGGUGACCACCUCACACAGGCUGCCUUGUGGGCCCUCGCCCAUCUCAAGAGAAAGCUGUGAGGAGCUGGGCUGUUGCUACAGCUCCAGAGAGGAAGGGGGCUCCUGUUACUAUGGAAACCAAGUGACCACACACUGUUCCCAGGAGGGUGGUUUCUCCAUCGCCGUGUCCAGGAACGUGGUGUCGCCUCCCCUGCGCUUGGAUUCAGUGCACCUGAUCCUCAGGAAUGAGAGUGGGUGUGGCCCUGUGGUGACCACGCCCAACUUUGUUUUCUUCCGGUUUCCCUUCACUUCCUGUGGGACCACAAGAAGGGUCGUUGGAGACCAGGCAGUGUAUGAAAAUGAGCUUGCAGCCACCAGGGAAGUGAGAGCAUGGGGCCACGCAUCCAUCACCCGAGACAGCGACUUCAGACUCCGAGUCAGCUGUAGCUACUCUGUGAACAGCGACAAACUCCCAGUUCACAUCCGGGUGUUCACGGUCUCACCACCGCCUCCUAAGACCCGGCCCGGACCCCUCACGAUGGAGCUCAGGAUUGCCAAGGAUAAAAGCUAUGGCUCGUACUAUUCCAUGCGUGACUACCCCGUGGUGAAGUCGCUUCGGGAUCCCAUUUAUGUGGAGGUGUCCAUCCUUCACAGGACGGACCCCCAGCUGGGGCUGAUCCUACAGCAGUGCUGGGCCACGCCCAGCCCCAAUCCCCGGCACAGGCGGCAGUGGCCCAUCCUGGUGAAAGGAUGCCCCUAUGCUGGAGACAACUAUCAGACACAGCAGAUCCCCGUCCAGGGGGCCACGCGCUUCCCCUCCCACCACCGGCGCUUCAGCAUCUCUACCUUCAGCUUCAUGAACUCUACCCAGGCGGGAAAGGCCCUGGGGGGUCAGGUGUACCUGCACUGCAGCACAACCGUCUGCCAGCCUGCAGGGGCCCCGUCCUGUGUGGUAUCCUGCCCUGUGUCCAGCCGAAGAGGAAAAUCUGGCCUCUAUUUUGAGAACAGUACUGCCAGCAUUUCUAGCAAUGGCCCCAUGAUUCUACUCCAGUCUGCUGUGGACCCGCCAGAAGAGCUGAAUAAAUACCCCAGCACGCCUGCAGAUUCCCCGGCUCUGUGGGUGGCAGGAAUUUCUGGCUCCCUGAUCAUCAUGGGGGCCUUGUGCGUGUCCUUCCUGGCUCUCAGAAAACAGACAAGCUACUGCAACCAGAUGUGUUAA